AUGAAUAGGUUUAUUAUGAAAAAAAGGGAUUAUCAAUUCUUAUAGAUUAUUGGGUCAGGCUCAUUCGCAAAAGUUUAUUUAGCUGAGAAUAGCUAAAAUUAAUAAUUCGCGAUAAAGGUAAUUACGAUAGAAUUCGAUGGUUCAGAGAGUUCGCAGAAGUAGCUGCAAUAUUUUGAAUAAGAAAUCCAAAUUUAUAAGAAUAUUAAGAACGAUAAUGGAAACGAAAACGUAGUGGCUUUGAUCGAAGAGUUUAGAGAAGAUGAAAAAAUUUAUUGCGUGUUUGAGUUUUGUAAGAAUGGAGAUUUAAAUAAUUUACUUAAAAAUAAUAAUCUCAAAGAAGAAGAAAUUAAACCCAUAUUUAUUGAAAUAUUAAAAGGGAUGAAAUACAUUUACUAAAAGGGAAUAGUUCACAGAGACUUAAAAAUUGAUAACAUUUUGAUUGAUGAAAAUUAGGUUGUGAAGAUUGCAGACUUUGGAUUUGCCAAGUAUUACAAUUAAAAUGAUGUCCUAACCUCUUAUUGUGGAACACCAGCAACAAUGGCUCCAGAAGUUCUAAAUUAGGAAGAAUAUGAUUAUAAAUGUGAUAUCUGGUCAUUAGGUGUUAUACUUUACUAUAUGAUAUAUCGUAAAUAUCAUUUUAGUUCUAAAGUUAGGAGCUUAAUAGAUUUAAUCAAAGAAUUAUAAAAUUUUAAAAUAAAUUUUGAUGAUAAAGUGAUAUAAUUAUCCGAUUUUGGAAAAGACUUAUUAAGUAAGAUGCUGGAUUCAAAUAAAAAAACAAGAAUUGACUAUGAGCAAUUGUUUUCUCAUCCUUGGUUAUAAGGAGCACUACUUGACAAUGUGAGAAAUUCCAAGAUUGUUAUAAAUAAAUUGUUUGUAAAUUAGGAAAAUAAAUUAUUGGGAGGAAUUGUUAGAAAAUUUAGACUUUUAAAAGCAGAUUUCUUAGCCAUACUUGGCAAAAUAUAACAAUUAUGUAAAGAUGAGGCAGUUAAAUCACUUUUUGGCAAUUUAUAUAAAUUAAUAGAUGAAGAAAAACAGCAUAUCUAAUAUCUAAGUCAAAGCGCACUUGUAAAGUAAUAGGAUUCUAUUAUUGAUUAUAAAGUUGAAACCUAUAAAACUUUAGAGGAAGUCUACAAAAUUAUUUAAUAUGAUCAUUUAGACAUAGUCACAAUAGAAUCUGAACUUAUCAACUUCUUAAAAAAUAAUCAUCUGUCUAAUUACAUGACAAUCACAUUAAAAGGAUAGUAUACUUAGGAGGAACUUGACAAGAUUCAAUAAAGCAUCGUAGAAGUGGAUCUGGAGUUGGACUUUUAGGAAUUAAAACAUUUAUUGAGAUUGGAAACCAAUCAAAUAGACUCAUAAUUAGAAUGCCGUGUUUAAUUAUGGAAUUAAGGACGUGAACUUAAACUUAUGGGAUAACAAAUCUAAUAGUCCCAUUAAAAGAAGUUAGAAGGACCCUCCAUUGAAUUGUCAUUUUGA